AUGGCCGGCGGAAGGGGCGGGCGAAAUUCUGUUGUAUUUCCGAACACAUUUUCAUCAUGUUCAGCUAAUACUGGAAUAUGUACACCAUUUAAUGGUUUAGUAGCAAAUUAUUCAAAUGGUAAAAUAGUUUCUGCUGUUGGUUUCAGUUUUAAUAACAGUAUGACUGCAGUUUAUGGAUUAGGGAUGGCCGUAAGUGACAGCAUUGCAUUUGGUAUUAAUGCAUUUAAUAAUACAAGUACUGGCGUGUGGUCCGGUAUGUUUGUGUUGGCCGAUACGAUAACUGGUGCAUUCAUUCAAAGUGAUCAAGUAACAUCGUUGUCUGUAAAUGAUUCGAGUAACUGGUUUGGAAUAUUUAACAUGCGCAAUUCUUCAAAUUAUACAAAUGAUGGAUCUAUCAUGUAUUUGAAUCAAGUAUGUUCAAAUACAUUUAUUAAUCCCAGUACAAAUAUUGGACUGAGUGCAAGUUUGCUUUUUGUCUAUUAUGGACAGCCAUUCUACGUGGGUCCUGGCUGUCCAUACUGGCAAGUACAAUGGUAUUGUACUUCGAAUCAAAGUGCCACUAUCGGAGGAUGGAUUCUUAUUUCUGGCCAAUGGACUACAUUAACAACUACAACAGGGUCGAACACAGCAUAUACAAUUACGGGAUAUAAUCAAGGAUAUUUUGUAAACGGUGUACAGCAACCUUAUGUUGAAUGCAAUCCGAAUCAUGUGUAG